AUGGUUGAUAAUAUAGCACUGACUAAAAAGGAAAUUUGCUUUAAAAUUAAUCUAGGAAAGAACAUACGUUUGUUUUAUGAUAAAUUUAAUAAGGAAUAUGCUAAAGAAGGAAACUUCGUAGUGUUUGUAGAUUAUAUGUUUUUUUUUAAGAAACGGCAUGAGCUUAUAAAGUUAAUUAUUUUUUUAAUAGUUACAAAGAAGCUAUGUAAAAUUUCUGGAGGUAAUAGUAACCCAAACAAUAUUAAUCAGAAUAAUGAAGAGACAAAGGUUUCAAAUAUAAUAUGGUCUGAUGAUAAAGAAAAGAAAGAAAAAAAAAAAAAAAAUUGUGAUGAUAAUAAUAAAAAAAAAAA